AGAAGUUGGCCUGAAACAAACUGCAUAAAUUGCUCCAGAAUGGUUUCUAACAGUUUUUGUACAUAUCUCUAAAAGGUUUUUCUUAUUGUCUGUGUGAAGGUGAAGAGAUGUAAUCUGAUCAGACUCCUAAUGAUGUAGGAAGUAAAAUUUGUAAGGAAAGCUAGUUCAAAUAGUUAUCUUCACUGAGACAGAAUGGAUCACACAGGGCUCUGUGUUCUACUCUUGCUGAAUAAUCUCAUCUGCUGUGGUCUCUCACAAGCUCUCCCCACAGCCUCAGUGAUUGUCUACCCAUAUAGUCUCUUCUACCCUGGAGAGACUGUUACUCUGCAGUGUGAUAUACCAGGUUACACAGACUGGACAUACCACUGGUACCAAAACAACCAACUACAUCCCAGUCUAACCAGUAAAAUCAUCACAUUCACCAUCACUCUCACUGGUCCGGAUGGUCUGUUCAGUUGUGAGGGGACAAGAACAGAUCGUCCCCAGUGGUCACAACGUAGUGCUCCUUUCGCUAUCAGUGUUACUGCUCUCCCCACAGCCUCAGUGAUUGUCUACCCAUAUAGUCCCUUCUACCCUGGAGAGACUGUUACUCUGCAGUGUGAUAUACCAGGUUACACAGACUGGACAUACCACUGGUACCAAAACAACCAACUACAUCCCAGUCUAACCAGUAAAAUCAUCACAUUCACCAUUACUCUCACUGGUCCGGAUGGUCUGUUCAGUUGUGAGGGGACAAGAACAGAUCGUCCCCAGUGGUCACAACGUAGUGCUCCUUUCGCUAUCAGUGUUACUGGUAAUCGUCCAACGGCUAAACUGAGUUCAGACCAAAACGCUGUAUUCACAGGAGACAGUGUUACAUUGUCCUGUACUGUAGAGUCUUCUGGAUGGACAUUUUACUGGUACAGAAUAAGCCAAGUCUCACAACCAGUAUUUACAUCCUCUGUAUUCUCCUACACACUCAGCCAGGUUACUGUCUCUGAUGGAGGGCAGUACUGGUGCAGAGCUGGGAAAGGAAACCCAGUCUAUUACACCCUGUACAGUAAACCAGUACAAAUACAGGUUACUGAGAGACCUGUUGCUGUUCUGACCCUACAACCCAACUGGCCUCAGAUAUUCAUUGGAGAGACUGUCACUCUCAGAUGUGUCAUACAGGGAGGAGACAUUAACUGGCAGUAUACAUUUUAUAGUAACAGUAAUAUAAUGUAUAAUACAAAUCCUGUGUACAGAAUUAGUGCUGAAUACACAUCUCAGAGUGGCCAAUAUACCUGUGUGGGUGUAAAAGGAAACACACGUUCUGAAACCAGUCAAUCUGUACAGCUGACUGUGUCAUAUAAACCCAAAGCUGUCCUGAGUAUCUCUCCUCAGUGGCUGAACCCUGGAGACUCUGUAAAUCUGAGCUGUAAAGUUAAAGUGUCAUCUGCAGGCUGGAGGUUCUUCUGGUACAAAAUGUUUCCCUACAGAGCUGGGUCACCCUCUCUAUUGGACAUGUCCUACUCUGUAGAGCUCCUAUCUGAAAAUGGGACUGAAGAGUCUUACAAUAUGAGCCCUGCUGGUUCUGCUGACACAGGAGGAUAUGUGUGUAGAGCUGGUAGAGGAGACCCAGUCUAUUACACAGACUAUAGCAAACCUCAGUUUCUCUGGUCAGGAGAACUGCAGGCUUCUGUGUCCCUCAAAAUAAAUCUUAGCAGAACUCAGCAGUUUUUAUGGAAGACACUUUCACUGAGCUGUGAGCUGAAGGGAAACACUACUGGAUGGAGACUGAUGAGAAACACAGAGACAGGAGUGGAGUCAGGGUGUCCCUCAUACCAGGGAUCAAUAACCGGGACCACAUGUACCAGGAGAUCCAUAUACACAGGGGACAGUGGAGUGUACUGGUGUGAGUCUGGAUCAGGAGAAUACAGUAAUGCUGUCAACAUCACAGUACAUGCUGGUGAUGUGAUCCUGGAGAGUCCUGUCCAUCCUGUGUCUGAAGGAGAAUCUGUGACUCUGCGCUGUUUGUAUAAACAUCAAGGAACAAAUCCUAACAACAAGGCUGAUUUCUACAAAGACAGAGUUCUCAUCAGUAGUGAGACCACAGGAGAGAUGACCAUCCCUGAAGUAUCAAAGUCAGAUGAAGGCUUCUAUAAGUGUACAUCUGAUCAAGGAGAAUCACGUGAAAGCUGGGUGACAGUCAGAAGUGUUCCUCCUGGAUAUUUUACAUCGGUCCUAGUUGGAGUUAUUGUGGGUAUGGGUGUUGCUGGUGCUUUACUGGUGAUUCUCUUGGUCUUGCUGUGUCGAUAUCAAAACAGUAAAGGUUCCUGCUGCCACAGAGUAUUCUGGCCCAUCCAUCUCCAGAGCACCAACCAGGACCCCCAGCAGGACCAAGGAUCAACCCAAGUUCAGUCACCUGAUUCUGGGUAUACAGGCCAGCAGUAUGGUCAGUCUCCUGAUGCUGGGUAUACAGUUUUUUGUCCAACAGAUGCCGCUAACAUCUACUGUAUGAUCUGCCAUUCAGACAAUGAUAAUGAUGCUGCUGGUGCUUCUGCUGGACCAGGUGAUGUAACGUAUGCCCAGGUUCAACUCAAGAUGUUGAAUAAGAAAAAUAAAGAAAAGUCAGCCAGUCUAAAAGAAGAUUCAGUCUACUCUGAGGUUAAUACCGGGAAAGCCACAGCAGCUGCUGGACUUGUUGAUGUGACCUAUGCUGAAAUUUACCUAAGAAAUAAGCUCAAAAUCAAGAAAAAGAAAGGAUCAAGAACCCAACCAGAGCCAGAAUCAGUCUACUCUCAAGUAAAGCCAGACACAGCCUAAGUUUAGAGGAAAUCACUGACAAAGUAUGGAUCUAAUGCUGCAUGUAUUCUGAACACAAUUAUAAAAAUCUAAAUUUUACUGAAGUACAAUUCGUUUAAAUAAAUCAGUCAAUUAAAAUGUAUUAAUUAGGGUUUAUUCUGUGGAUUUCACAUGAGGGAUAGGGUUUAUAGGGUAACAUUUCUGGGUUAUUUUAUUUCAGAUCAUAAAACAUGAGACCAACAUGUCACAUUUAGCUUUACAUUGUUGAUUGUCCAGUAUAUCAUAUAUGUUGUGGCAGCCCACUCAUUUUUAUCAGUGUGUGUGCGCGUGUGUGUCGUUGUGUGUGUGUAUAUAUAUGUAAGCAGUAAGCAAUAAAGCACAAGGGGUGUGGUAUUUGGCCAGUAAACCAUGGCUAUAAGCUGUUCAUAAUGCGUGGUAUUCUGGCCAUAUAUCACAAUUCCCAAAGAUGCCUUAUCCCAGCAACUGCAUUUGCAUUUUGUUAAUCAUUGUAUUUCGGUUUUGUAAAUAUUUUUCAACAUAUCAUGAUUGAUUGAAUAAUUGCAUAUGACUUAAUAAAAUACAAGUAUUAUAAAGA